UCUUAGAAAAUGGACUAUCCUAAGCCCAAGCUCUCAAACCCAAGCUCUAGAACAGAUUAAGAAGGGGAGCUCGACGACGGUGACACUACCGGAGGGGAGCUCAGACGGUGGCACAGGAGAGGUUUUAUCUACCAGAGACUCUCUGCUACUCUUCUCCAAUCCAAAAUGUCUAUAACCCAAAAUCUUACUACUUCAAUUUCCUCCACUUCCUCUGCAUUUUUAGCUUCCCCCACCUUCACUCCUAGGUACUCUUGCUUCACUUCUUUCCUUAUUGGAAUCAAAAUUGCAUCUUUCUUCUGUUUACUCAUUAAAAUUUUGAUUUUUUUUUCUGGGUAUUGCAGGAGUCAGGUGUCAUUGCCUGUGAAGAGUGUGAGCAUUUGUAAAUGCGUUGCGACACCACAAGAAGCUGAGACUGCCUACAAGACAAAGGUCUCUCGCAAUGCAAAUAUGGGUAAACUUCAAGCUGGCUAUCUCUUUCCUGAGGUUGCUAGAAGAAGGAAUGGGCACUUGCUUACAUACCCUGAUGCAAAAAUAAUAAGCCUUGGAAUUGGUGAUACCACUGAACCCAUUCCUGAAGUCAUAACUUCUGCAAUGGCAAAGAGAUCACAAGCAUUGUCAACCAUAGAAGGAUAUAGUGGUUAUGGAGCUGAACAAGGUGAAAAGCCAUUAAGAAGUGCAAUUGCUUCGACAUUCUACGGUGAUCUUGGUAUAGAAGAAGAUGAUAUAUUUGUCUCAGAUGGAGCUAAGUGCGACAUAUCUCGCCUCCAGAUUGUCUUUGGGUCAAAUGUGAAAAUGGCUGUGCAAGACCCAUCAUACCCGGCCUAUGUAGACUCAAGUGUGAUUAUGGGCCAGACUGGCCCCUUCCAGAAGCCUGUUCAGAAGUUUGCAAACAUCGAAUACAUGAGGUGUAAUCCAGAAAAUGGUUUCUUCCCUGAUUUGUCUUCCAUUUCUCGACCAGAUAUAAUUUUUUUCUGUUCGCCAAACAAUCCUACUGGUGCUGCUGCAACAAGGGAGCAACUUACCCAUCUAGUUCAGUAUGCUAAGGACAAUGGGUCUAUAAUAGUCUAUGAUUCAGCAUAUGCAAUGUAUAUAUCUGGUGACAACCCGCACUCCAUCUUUGAAAUUCCUGGAGCCAAAGAGGUUGCUAUAGAGACUUCAUCAUUUAGCAAGUAUGCUGGAUUUACUGGAGUCAGACUGGGUUGGACUGUUGUUCCAAAACAGUUACUGUUUUCUGAUGGAUUUCCUGUUGCCAAGGACUUCAACCGUAUUGUAUGUACUUGUUUCAAUGGCGCAUCAAAUAUUUCCCAGGCAGGUGGUCUGGCUUUCCUUUCACCAGAAGGCCUUAAGGCUAUGCGAGAUGUUAUUGGAUUCUACAAAGAAAACACUAGCAUAAUAGUGGACACAUUUGACUCUCUUGGGUUUAAGGUCUAUGGAGGGAAAUCUGCACCCUAUGUGUGGGUCCAUUUCCCGGGGAGAAACUCAUGGGAUGUAUUCAGUGAGAUUCUUGAGAAGACUCAUGUGGUUACAACUCCUGGUAGUGGUUUUGGACCUGGUGGUGAAGGUUUUAUCAGGGUUAGCGCCUUCGGUCACAGGGAGAAUGUCUUGGAGGCCUGCAGAAGAUUCAAGCAACUAUACAAGUGAAUUUAGAAUAUCUCAUUGGUUUCAUGCUGUAUUGUCUUGGACCGACACUGAUGGUGUGCUUUCUAGACUGGUUGGGGCUAUGUCUUCUUUAAAUAAUGCAAUUAGUUUUCUUGGAAUUUAGACUAUGAUGUAAGGACUUAUUAACAAUGAUGAUGUUUAUUCUGGUAUUUGCUUUAUCAUGUUUCUAUCAUGCUCCUGGGGUCUGCUGCAGCUCUUUGAUUGAAGUGAUUUACAUUAAAUUGUCUAUGGAAAAUGUCAAAAUGUUGCAAUUCAACUUGGGUAAAUUAUUUUCCUUUCUUGAUUUUCCA